AUGUCCAAAGCAAUAAAGCUCAAUGGCAAGGCCUCUGCCACUACUCCGCCGGCUGGAACGCCUCCAUGCACCCCCAUCAAUGAAAGUCCUCAGCAGAGCAUGGCACCAGAAGAUGAGUAUCAGCAUUCUCAAUCGAGAGAACUCAUAGAGGCUCUUCACGAAGCCAGGGUGGAACAAGAGAUGGAUAAUGCUUCUAAGCUGAAGCCGCAAGAGCAGGAGAUAUCCUUAUCAUGCAAUCCCAAAACUGAAUCGCCCGUGCUUAUGGAUAAAUAUAUGCCCGAUAUACCACCAACUUGGAUGGAAUGUGAUCCCAUAUUUAUGGAUAAGGAGAACGUUGAUUUCGAUCCUGCGAUGAAAGAAUGUUGUGAGAUGAGAUAUUCACCUGAAGCCAGCAAAGAAAGGGGAAAGGUGAAGAAUUAUGCCAGGGCAUGUGCAAUUAUCAACCCCACAGACUCUUUUGAGGACCUUACAGAGAGCACCCAAGUGCACAAUGCAUGA